GCGACUCCUCAGUGCUUCGGGAGGCGGAGGUGAGGGCCGCGCGGCCCUGAGGUGUUGCAGUUCCGGGGCUCGUCCGGGAGGCAGGUGCGGGAAGCGCCCAUCAUUUUCCCUGGCUGUGGCUCAGUCGCCUCCUCGGGGUUUCCCUGCACGGAAAACUUGGAUCGGCUGACGAGGAAGGUUUCUAAGCCUUUUGCUGGCAAAGGGAUUUCUCACAGCCUUCAGCCAUGCGUCUCUCUGCCCUGCUGGCCUUGGCAUCCAAAGUCAGUCUGCCUCCCCAUUACCGCUAUGGGAUGAGCCGCCCAGGUUCCCUGGCAGACAAGAGGAAGAAUCCCCCAUGGACCAGACGGCGCCCGGUGGUUGUGGAACCCAUCUCUGAUGAAGACUGGCAUCUAUUCUGUGGGGACAUGGUGGAGAUCCUAGAAGGCAAGGAUGCCGGGAAGCAGGGCAAAGUGGUUCAAGUUAUCCGGCAGCGAAACUGGGUAGUCCUGGAAGGGCUGAACACACAUUACCGCUACAUCGGCAAGACCAAGGAUUACCGGGGAACCAUGAUCCCUAGUGAAGCCCCCUUGCUCCACCACCAAGUCAAACUUGUGGAUCCUGUGGACAGGAAACCCACUGAGAUCGAGUGGAGAUUUACUGAGGCAGGAGAGAGGGUACGAGUCUCCACGAGAUCAGGGAGAAUAAUCCCCAAACCUGAAUUUCCCAGAGCCGAUGGCAUCGUCCCUGAAACAUGGAUUGAUGGCCCCAAAGACACAUCAGUAGAAGAUGCUCUAGAAAGAACAUAUGUGCCCCGUCUAAAGACACUGCAGGAGGAGGUGAUGGAGGCGAUGGGGAUCCAAGAGACCCGGAAACCCAAGAAAGUCUAUUGGUAUUGAGCCUGGGGAGAGCAGCUUCUCCCCCACUUCUGUCUUGGCAUUGAAGGCUGGGGCACCUCUUCUUCAGAUGCCAAUAAAGAGCCAUGAGUC